AGUAAAGUAACUUUAACAAUAUAGUAACUGAGGAGUAACUGUCCAGAAUGAAGAUACUCCAUGUUGUCUCCUGCUGUCUCCUCUCAGCUCUGUGUGUUGUGGAGUCAGAUGUCAUGAAUGUGAAGAAAGUGGAAGGAGGACAUGUCAUGUUCGGCUGCUCGUUCACAUUGGCAGCGAACAACAACAAAUACUUCUGCAAGGGGACAUGUUCUGGUAGAGAUAUUCUGGUUGACACUAAGAGGAGUAAGACUGUAUCUCAAGGUAGAUACAGUAUAGAAGACAAGGGAGGUGUAUUCUAUGUGACCAUCAAGAACCUGAUGAAGACAGACUCUGGUACCUACUGGUGUGGAGUGGAGAGAUAUGGCCUAGACACAUACCAAGAGGUGCAUCUAGCAGUUACAGAUG